CACUACACCGGAAAAACACCACGACCGGGGGUAAGUGGAAACUCUCUACCACCGAAUUUGCCAGCAAGAGCGACAUUAAAUCUUUCAGCGCCAGAUUCCAACCGCGUUUCCUUUCUCCCGCCUCAAUCCUGCCGUUACCGACCUCGACAGACAGCUUUGUCGCGCAAAGCUUGCAUUGUGUUCAAGAAUAACACUCAUUCAAAAUGGCCGGCCUCAACCCCCAGAUCACGAACCUCAUCAUCAUCCUCGGGAUGAUGCAGGUCUCGAAGAGAAUUCCCUUCACUGAUCCGGAUGUCCUCAAUAUGUGCCGGGCGGGUUACGCGCUCAGCAACCUGAUCAUCCUGGGCAUUUACCUCUACAUCCGGUCUAUCAUCAACAAGAAGAAGGACUUGACAAUCCUGAAAUACGUCGAACCCGCAGCAAUGGGCUCCUCUGAGGAGGGCAAGCUCGUCACGACGACCAUCCACGCGUACGAUCUGGCGCAGCUGAAGAGCAUGAUGCGGUCGCAGAUGAUGGGCGUCGCCAUGAUGGGCGUCAUGCACAUCUACUUCAAGUACACCAACCCGCUGCUGAUCCAGAGCAUCAUCCCGCUCAAGGGCGCCUUCGAGGCCAACCUGACCAAAAUCCACCUCUUCGGCAAGCCCGCGGCUGGUGAACUCAAGCGCCCCUUCAAGGCGGCUUCCGGCCUGAUGAGCGGCCUCCAGGGCGGCGCUGCCCAGAGCGACAAGAAGGCCGUCGAGGCUGCCGAGCGGGCCGGUCGCGGCGGCGCCAAGGAGGAGUAAAGGGGCCGGCUGGCUGAGCAUUGGGCGGGGAUUUCGCUGAUUUGGAAUCGGCCUGUUUCUUUACAUCCAUAUUCCCGGUCAUAGUCGCGAUUUCGUCUGUGAUUAUAGAACGG